AAUCAAUCGCCCAGGUUCUGGAUCAAAGGCGUCUCAUAGUCUAGUGAAUCCAUUCACCGCGCUACGAUGGGCAACGACGAGCCUGUGGGCAUCAAGUUCAAGGCUGAGACCUUGGAAGCCGAGGGAAAAGAAGGUGACCUGACCGCUAGCAUUCAGAGAUACUUUCACACAUCGACGUUCUCGGACUUGACAAUAGUCACCAGCGACCAGAGAUUUGAAGUACACAAACUGAUCGUCUGUGGACAGUCGGGGUAUUUCUCUAAUCUUUUCAAGCACAAUUGGAAAGAAGUAACAGACAAUGUUAUACGACUCGAGGAAGACGAUCCGAGAGCAGUGGAAGCAAUGAUCCACUUCAUGUAUGGGUUCAAUUACGACAGCAGUGGUAGCGACCGGGGCCGAACCUCUCCAAUGCUGUUCAAUGUCAACGUCUAUCAGACCGGGGACAAGUACGACAUCCCAAAGCUCAAAGAGCAAGCGAAGGAGAAAUUUGCAGUUGCUCUCAAGAACUGCUGGGAAAUGGAUGACUUUCCCGUUGCCAUCGCCAGGGCCUAUUCGACUACAGUCGCGUCAGACAGAGGCCUUCGAGACCUCCUUGUUGAUACAUGCUUGGAACAUAUCGACGACUUACUGGAGGAUGACGACUUCAAACAGGUCUUGAGGGAAACGCUCGACUUCGCGGCUGACCUUGUGCAAAAACAAAUUUACCAUUCCGACAAGACAAUAUACCGCUGUCCCAGCUGUCGCAGAGAGUGGAGCGUAACGUGUACCACGAAUGCUGUCUCCUACUGUCCCAUGUGUUCAUCUAACCAAGAUUGGAGUCGCCAUGUCAAGAAAUGA